AUGUCUAGUGCAGAGCAGAUACAGCUGGACUUUCUGAAGAUGCUGCGUGUCCGAGAUGAGAAGAGGAGGAAGAGGCAUGUGGAGACGCUGAGACAACAAAAGGAGGGGGAGGAGAAAGGAAGUGGGAGCCAACAGGUCAGGGUGGAAAUCUUGGGGGACCUGGAUGCAGAAGAGGACGAGGCAGAGGAGGAGACAAUAAGGAAAGAGAAGAGUCCUCCACAGGCAGCACCUACUUCCGUGAAGGGCUCCGGUCCUGCCUGCGCCUCUACGGUAACCACCAGCACCGAUCCACAGAAUGAAAAUGGUUCCUCAUUGAGAAACAAAGACUCAAGCACCAAACCACCACCAAUAGGUUCUCAUAAGUUUGUCAGUUCUAUGUCCAUCUCCUUUGACAACAGCUGUAGUCAUACUGAGAGGAUCAACCCUACAACUCCCACGAGCCCUCAGUCCCCAACCCUAUUUUCAGCACUGCAACCCUUGCCUGCCCAGAGCCCCUCCCCUAGAGGGGCCCAGAGCCCAACCCAAAAUGGACAACUUCCAGACAGUUCUAACAGCCGUCCUGCCUUCGUCAGACAGAGCUCCAGGACAGCCUCUUAUAGGAUGCUGAGAAAGCAAGAAGAAGAAAGAAUGCCUUUACAGAGGAGUGCGAGUGUGCGGACCACCUCCAAGGCCUUUGAAGCUAACGCGGACCAGGAGCAGGAAGAAGACAAUACAUCACCUUUCCAGAGAAACUCCAGGCAGAGGGUGUCAUCCCGCACCAUCCAGGAAAAGAUGGAGAGACUGGCUCAUGCUGCCCAGAAGUCAGAUAUGGUGCGUUCUCCUGAUGUGGCACAGAGGACCCUGUUCCUGCUAGAUGAGGUCUCCAGGAAGAGAGGACUGUUUGAGAAGGACCCAGCUGCCACCCAGGCAAGCCCUGGGUUGCUCAAACAGGACCUGAGGCAUGUGGACAUCGUCAGUAAGAGAAAUCUGUUUGAGAGACGAGGGGAGGUCUCCCCAAAAUCAACCACCAACAGCAAGGUUUACAAGUGAAGAACUCCCCCCCAACCCUGAUCCCUGUCCAAGUUAUCAUUGCUUAACAUUUAUUGUGGGGAAAUACUUGUCAUUAAGACCACUGUCUACCUUUUCUUUUUCUGUUAAUGCUAUUUUCCCCCUUUUCACAGAGAACCGAGAGUACAGAAUGAAAGAUGGCAGGACUGAAUGUUACUUUAAUUGAUUUCUUUUUUUCUGUCUAUGCUUUGUUUUACAACCCCUGUGUGCAUAGUAGUGGAAAAACAAGAAAAUAUAAAAAAGAUUGAGAAGUACAUGAUCAGAGGAGAAAAGUGUGUGGGGGAAAAGCUCUGUGAUGCUCUGUGCUAAAGUGUGCUUAAUUCUCUAAGGAAACUUUGGAGUCUCCUUUUAAGUCAUUUUGACCUUAGGGUGAUUCUUAAAGCACUUUGCAGUGGUGAUGGCGCUGCAUUUGAUAAAUGUCCAUUCCUGAACUGAACCGGCAAUACUGGGAUUUUAAUUCAGUGAAUAAGGUGUGUGUGUCUGUGUUUUGACCCACAUCUGAUAAAUACAUGCCUUUGUGUCCCUACUAGAGCAGAGUACUGCUCAAUACACUGUCUCUCAGGGCACAGUACUGCCUGACACACUGUCUUGCAAAUAAAGUGUUAUAUACCUACAAA